CCCGGUCCCUUUGUUUUACCCAUCUCUCAUUGUUCAAUAGCGUUUGAGGGAAUCGUCACGAUGCUCCCUGAUUGGAUCAUCCACAUGGCAGUUUAUUUAGAGCCGCCGUUUCCCGCCAUCGCCCCCCUUAACGUGUGAACGCGCGCAUCAGCAUACGCCGCUAAUUUAUAAACCGAAUUAAGACGUCCGCUCCAGCCAUCAUGGCAGUCAGGCUGUGUGAUGUGGCUUCUCUUCUGAGAAGUGGCUCGUGGGCAGCCGAGCCGUGGACUGGGCAGGUGAUUGCAGCCAUGGAGACUCAGCUGUCCAACGGGCCGAGCUGUCCCACCAGCAACGGCCCCAACAGUGUCUCCAACAACUGCACGGCACCUGUGGAGAUGCCCAACGACACCGAGGACAGUAAAACUAAUCUGAUCGUGAACUACCUCCCGCAGAACAUGACGCAGGAAGAGCUCAAGAGUCUGUUCGGCAGCAUCGGAGAGAUCGAGUCCUGCAAACUUGUGCGAGACAAAAUCACUGGUCAGAGUCUGGGUUACGGCUUUGUGAACUAUGUGGAACCCAAAGAUGCAGAGAAAGCCAUCAACACUUUAAAUGGACUCAGACUGCAGACCAAGACCAUCAAGGUGUCGUAUGCUCGACCAAGCUCGGCGUCCAUCCGUGAUGCUAACCUGUACGUAAGCGGUCUUCCUAAAACUAUGACCCAGAAAGAGCUGGAGCAGCUGUUCUCGCAGUAUGGCCGCAUCAUUACUUCCAGGAUCCUCGUGGACCAGGUCACAGGCGUGUCCAGAGGUGUGGGCUUCAUCCGAUUUGACCGGCGCGUUGAGGCUGAGGAGGCCAUUAAAGGUCUGAAUGGACAGAAACCACCAGGUGCCACAGAGCCAAUCACAGUGAAAUUUGCCAACAACCCCAGCCAGAAAAGCAGCCAGGCGCUGCUGUCUCACCUGUACCAGUCGCCCAACAGACGAUACCCAGGACCGCUGGCGCAGCAGGCCCAGAGAUUCAGGCUGGAUAAUCUGCUCAACAUGGCUUAUGGAGUCAAGAGUAGAUUCUCACCCAUGUCCAUUGAUGGGGUCACCAGCCUGGCGGGCAUCAAUCUUCCGGGUCACGCUGGUACGGGCUGGUGCAUUUUUGUGUAUAAUCUGGCGCCAGACGCCGACGAGAACGUCCUCUGGCAGAUGUUUGGCCCAUUUGGCGCUGUGACUAACGUAAAGGUCAUACGAGACUUCAACACAAACAAGUGCAAAGGAUUUGGCUUUGUGACCAUGACAAAUUACGACGAGGCUGCUGUUGCAAUCGCCAGUUUGAAUGGGUACCGGCUCGGGGACCGAGUUUUACAGGUCUCGUUCAAGACAAACAAAACACACAAGGCCUGAAUGAGUGAAGACGUGCAACGUCAUGCAAACAUGACUCUACUUUAAUGACAGGAAAUAUUUCAUGUAUUUUUUUCUUUUCUUAAAAGUUUACUUUUUAAAACAUACGUUUAAAAUAUACAUUUAAAGAUUUAAUUAGAAUAACAGCUGACUGUUAAGUGUGUUUGUUUUGGUGUAUAAUGUGGAUGGUGGCCUCCAUGAUACUGAGAUGGAGAGCGUUCCCAUGUUGGUGUUCCCAUCUCUCCUCAUGAGCUUCUGCGGUGCAAUCCACUGUAUAAUGUACAUGCAUGAAUCUUUAGUUUGACCAUUUCAGUUUUCUUUGUGCUAAUGACUAUCUUUAUGUUAAAUAUUUAAAUAAGUAUAAAACAAGAUGUACAUGUUCUUUUGUGUUUAAAAUAAUUUGGGAUUUUUGUUUUUAUUGUUCAGUACAUCAAUAAAUGCGUUAAAGGGAAGACAUUCUGUAUUUUGUUUAGUG